AUGGCGACGACUUCGUCCCACAACAAAAAGUCGUCUGCGGUCAAGCGCAUCCUAAGCGAAGCUCGCGAGCUGUCGGACGAUGCCAGCACCGAGUACACCGCCGCGCCGCUCGAGGACAACAUCUUUGAAUGGCACUACACGCUCCGGGGACCGUCUUCGAGCGAGUUCGAGGAUGGCAUUUACCACGGCCGUAUACUCUUGCCAGCAGAGUAUCCUUUUCGGCCGCCGAAUGUCAUGAUCAUGACGCCCAACGGCCGAUGGGAGCUCAACAAGAAAAUUUGCCUGACCUUUACGGGCUUUCACGAGGAGAUGUGGCAGCCCGCUUGGGGCAUUCGGACGGCGCUGCUUGGCGUGCAAGCAUUCAUGGGUGCUCGAGCCGAGGCGGCUGUCGGCAUAGGUAGCCUCGAUUACCCACCAGAGGAACGAACCAAGCUGGCACGCAGGUCGCGAGACUGGAGAUGUCCCGUCUGCGACAAAAGUAACGCGGAGAUCUUGCCAGAUGCAGAGAAGGGUGAUGCACCAACCCGGAAAGUCGAAGCACUGCCCGACGGCCUCACCAUCGACACGACGGUACGAACGAACGAGGCUGAGAACAAGCAAGAAGAAGGCAGCGGAGCAAAAGCUGCAGACGAUACCAUUUCGAGCAACCUCAACAACACCGCUUUAUCGAAGCCCACCAUUGAAACGGGAUUCGGACCACAGGGUCCUCGGGCCGAAUUCUUGGCCUCAGUGGUCGGAGCACAGUUUGAGGAGUCUCACCAGGCCAGCUCCAUUUCCUCAAGUCAGGUGACGACGCCCAGCAUUCUCACCCCAAAUCGCCAUCUCGACGUUGGCGCAAGUACGCCGAAUCGAUCUCUGGACCUCGGCGCGGCAGGGAGCAGCAGUGGUAGCUCCUUGCGAGCUCGAAAGGUUUCAUCAUCGGUGGACUCUGCGUUACCUCCCCCUGCAUCCUCCUCCUCCUCCUCCUCUGCGACGCAAGCUCAACAAGAUGAAGCUCCAGGCAGAGCUGCGGGACCGGCUCCGCCGCUCCAGCGCCCCAUCCCUGUCAGGCCAGUCGCAUUGGCCGCGACAUUCGAGCCAGAACGGACGCUGGCCACGCUCGAUCGGGCCAUCGUCACUGUCAUACUCCUCCUCAUCGCCUUGGUCGUCCGACGAAUCCUUCAUUCCUUUGGCUUCUAG